AAUCAAACAGAGAAACAAAUCGAUCUAAAUUGAACCGCGAUUACGAAUUUCAUCUUUUUCCUCAGCCCAAACCAAAAUCUGACGGACGUCCUGUUCUUUAACACCGAUGAGAUCAAUCUAUCCUAUCAGCUUUUACGCUCGUUCAACGGUUCUUCAAUCUUACAUAGUGGUAGCGUCAACGCUCCAACGACGACGUUUUAUGCCACCAGCAAGACAACGAACAAUAACUUCCCAAAAGAAAAAAGAAAAAGAAAAUCAAACUCCCAAAAUCAAAUUCCCAACAAACGAACGCACCCUCUCUCCUUCUUCUCAAUUCCUCGUUCAUUUCUCCUCCUUGAUUCCUCCUUCUCUCAUAGUCAUAUCCCUUCUCCCAAACAAAUAAACAAAAUUUUGUUUCAAGAAAAAAAAAAACAAAUAUGUCAAAUUCGCACAGCGAUACGAUACCUCUUCACGCGUCGUCCCAAUCGGACAUCGACGAGAUCGAGAAUCUAAUCCACGCCAGCGUCCAAUCUGGCCCAGCCACAGUCCACCCGGCCCGCCCUCCAAGCCCACCUCGGGCCUCCAUUCCUGUCUCCUCUUCCCCCUUCAUCCAAUCUAACAUUCCUCCUCCGUCUUCACUCUCCUCAUCAUCCUCCAAUCAGAAGGUGCCGUCUGUCCCUGCCGCCCCUCCUCCUCCUCCACCCGUCGGUAACUCUAGCAGCAUCGUGGCCACUGGGUUCGGUCCCCCGCCCAACACCCUAACGGAGCCCGUUUGGGACACGGUGAAAAGAGAUCUUUCCCGGAUCGUAAGUAACUUGAAGCUGGUGGUGUUCCCGAAUCCCUACAGAGAAGAUCCAGGAAAGGCGUUGAGAGAUUGGGAUCUUUGGGGUCCUUUCUUCUUCAUUGUCUUCUUGGGACUCACCCUUUCUUGGUCCGCCUCCGUUAAAAAGUCUGAGGUAUUUGCUGUUGCAUUCGCACUGCUUGCAGCUGGUGCUGUAAUCUUGACGUUGAAUGUACUACUACUGGGUGGGCAUAUAAUAUUUUUCCAGAGUCUGAGUCUUCUAGGUUAUUGUUUGUUCCCUCUGGAUAUCGGAGCCCUAAUCUGUAUGUUGAAGGACAAUGUGAUAGUCAAAGUGAUAGUGGUCUGUGUGACAUUGGCUUGGAGCUCAUGGGCUGCCUAUCCUUUCAUGAGUUCAGCUGUCAAUCCUAGGAGAAAAGCACUUGCACUCUACCCCGUUUUUCUUAUGUAUGUAUCCGUUGGUUUUCUCAUCAUUGCCAUUGAUUGAUGUUCCUUCCCUUUAGGUGUUCCAAAAGAAAUAUCAAAACUUUUAUGGUGGAGUUACAUAGGAAUGUCUGUAUUUUUUUUUUUUUUGACCUGACACAAUCUUUGAAGGCUAAUUCGCCAAAUAUGAUAUACUAGCUGUAUCAAAUCGUUUUGUGUUCUACUUCUUGCUUUCUUUAUUUCUCUUGUUAGUGAUGAUUUAAGGGCUCAGGCUGCAAUGGGGCGUAUUAGCUAUUGAGCUUUCUUUUUUUUUUUUUUUUCUCUAUUAAUUUUUAUUUGUGGAAGGGGAUUUGAACCAUUUUGUAAUCUCAUUUUUGUGUUGUUUUGUUUUGGAUUUGUCCCUUCACCUGUGCCAUGAGAUGCAUAUCAAAGUACUGGAUGCGCUAAAAUGGCUCAAAAAAAAAAAAAAAAAAAAGAAAGUUGUGAUCCGUUGUCUUUCAUCCUAAAACUUGAUUUCUGUUGAAAUGGUAACACGACACAUCAUGUCUUAGGGAAGGGUAUUUCCUAUGGGUUAAUUAAUUAACUUGUUUUCCUUUGGAUUAUAAUGAAAUUAUCAACGAACCAACCUUCUAAUAUAUGUCGAUUCUUACAAAGGGAUUUGGGCUGUUGAAGGGUGUUUUUGUCUUUUACUUGAAA